AUGUGUGAAAUAGUUGUGGGAGAUGUGGUUUGCUUAAAGACUGGAGAUGAAGUUCCAGCAGACGGAUUGUUAGUGGAAGGGAAUAACCUGCAGGUAGAGGAUGUUGAUCAGUGUGGUGAGACCGUACAAGUGGAUCCCGAUGAAAAUCCAUUUCUGUUUUCUGGAUCUAUUGUGGUCAAUAGUGAACAUAACGAAUGCAAGAUGAUGGUCACUACAGUUAGCAUGAAGGCAAAGUGGUGCAAAAUGAUGAGCCAAGAAAAUUGCGAUUCAAGUGAGAAUUCCACAAUGCAAGGUCGAGUACACAAUUUCACUCUUCCAAUAUGUUUGAAAGUGAGUCUGCCAAUUGCUUCAAUUGGUUUUCUAGUCUUUCUCAUCAGAUACUUCACUGCGAACGCCAAAGACGUUAAUGGAGAUCAGGAAUUCAAUCAUAGUCACCUUGAUAAUAACUUUUGGGAUUCUUCGGUGUUGGACUUUGUAGGAACUGCUUUUACAAUUGUUGAGUUUACAAUUGCAGAAAGCUUGCGAUUAAGCGUGCCAGUUACCAGUUUCUAUUCAAAGAAGAGAAUGAUGGUUAACGUGGAAAUGGUGAGUGAGCUCUCCGGUUGUGAGAAUAUGGCAUUUGUCACCACCAUUUGUACCAACAAAACGGGCACUCUCACCAUGAACCAAAUGGAGGUCAAAAAGUUUUGGGUGGGAAAGUACUCUUUGGAAGGGGAAGCUUACCUUUCAAACGCUUCUAAUUGUUUUAAAAUUUUUCUGGGAGAGGGAAUUGCUCUGAACACAAGUAGUGCUAGAAAUUGUACUCCAACAGAUAAAGCAAUUCUUUCAUGGGCAGUUCAUGACUUGAACAUAGCUAUGGGAGUGAAAAGCAAGUGUAUAGUUCUUAAUAACACCGCUUUCGAUUCGCAGAAGAAACGAAGUGGGGUUCGGAUGAAGAGGAUAGAAGAGGUAUACAGCACAGUGCAGCAUGUUCGUUGGAAAGGAGAAGCAGAUAUGAUUCUAGAAAUGUGUUCCUGCUACUAUGACAUUUCCGGAACCAUCAACGAUCUUGUUGAUAGACAAAAAGUGGAAUUCCAAAGAAUCAUUCGAGGUAUGAAGGAGAGCGGCCUCCAUUGCAUCGCUUUUGCACACAAUUAUGUCACGGAAGGAAAUCAUAAAACGCUGAAACAAGAUGGCCCGGUACUAUUAGCAUUGGUUGGUGUGAAAUACCCAUGUCGUCCAGAAAUGAAAGAGGCCGUGGAAGGUUGCCAGGAUGGAGGAGUAGAUGUCAAGAUGAUCACCGAAGACGAUGUUUCCGCGGCGAAAGACAUAGCCAGAGAGUGUGGAAUACUAGUGGAUCCAGAUGAGGACGGAGCAGUAAUAACAGGUGAGGAGCUCCGAGGCUACUCUCUAAUUAGAAGAAUGAACGAAGUUGACAAAAUCCGAGUCAUGGCAUGCUCAUCUCCUGAAGAUAAACUACUAAUGGUGAAAACAUUGAAGGAAAAAUAUCACAUCGUUGCAGUCUUUGGGUAUAGCACAAAUGAUGUAUUGGCAUCGUUAGAAGCUCAUCUAGGAAUCUCCAUGGGAAUUCGAGGCAUGACGAAGAGGUUGGCAAGAAAAGCUUCGGUAUGGUAA